CUUAUUUGGCUGUAUGGAAUGGCAGGCGUCGGAAAGUCUGCCAUUGCGUUCACCAUAGCAGAGAGGAUGAGAGGUCUAAAAGUGACAGAGCAGACUAGUGUCGAAAAGCAGCUCAGAGGAACAUUCUUUUUCUUGUGCAAGUUUAUGAAAUGUUGCAUGACUGGGUAUUUUUUUGUGACUCUUGUCUAUCAGCUUGCCACCAAUUUUCCCAGCAUCUGGAAGGAUGUGAACAGAGCUAUCCAUGACAAUCCCACUCUACUAGACCCAGAUAAGUCUCUCUGUGACCAGAUGGAGGCUCUCUUUCUCCAACCUCUCCAAAAUCUUCAACUCAAAUUAUGUGGGUGUCUGCCUCUGACAUUUGUUAUUGAUGCCCUUGAUGAA